UGAUGAAUUGCCUGGACAGGAAACAUUGCGGCCGGCUGUGUGAUGGAAGUCCAGACUGUGGCGGCAUGGACGAUGAAAAGAAUUGUCCUGCCAGCUGCUUCUGUCCCGAAAAUCACUACUUGUGCAAGGACAAGAAGACUUGCGUAUCGAAGAAGCAACUUUGUGACGGCAACAACGACUGUCCGGCUUGGGACGACGAGGACAAUUGCCCGACAGAAUGUAAGUGUGGGGAGCGUCAAUACCUAUGUAUGGGAAAGGAGAAAUGCAUUAACAUCAAACAGAUCUGUGACGAAAAUGUGGACUGCCCUAUGAAUGAAGAUGAGACAUGCCGUGCAGGGUGUCGUUGUACUGAGGGUCAAUAUUUGUGUGAAGCAACAGAAGGAGCCCCAGAUGUCUGCGUUCGCUUUGAUCAGCUUUGUGAUGGCGGAAAGGGUACAGGAAUAGACUGUCCAAAUGGAGAUGACGAAUCUUUUUGCUAAUAUGAAAACACUUGUUAAGAAAAUAUUAAAAAUGGCAUCAGCCAUUUAUAUUUUAGGAAUGCAAACAUCACUGCUGCCAACACUAUUCGAAUAAAUUCAAAAACUUUU